AUGGCUGACGAAGAUAAAAGUUUGUCCGCGAAACGCUAUUUCGGUCUUACCGUCCCCUCACCCACGGGCUCGCAUUCCGCUGCUUUACAGCGGCACCGUUUUACAGGAAAUGUUGUGGAAAGCGCCCACGGGUCGCCUGAUGGACGACGUCGCAAAUCGUUUCUCAGAACGGUCUCUUUUCAUGUCAUGAGAUCAAUUUAACAGGAAACUGUAGGCGGAUUCUGAGAUGGAAAGUGGAGGAAAAAGUAUCAACUUUACACAGUUUUUUAAGAAAAGAAGAAGAAUAGGCUCUCUGUAAACGGCGGAAAAGGACAGGGUUUACAGAUUUUUAUGUGAAGCUCAUUAUGAAUGCGAAUUCGGAAGAAUAACCUGGCUCCAACGGGUCUCAGAAAUUAAGCCAUGUUUUCCUUUUUUGAGCUGUGUUCAUGGGUUAUAGCUUUUUUUAUAAAAAUUAUAUUUAAAGUUCAGGAGAGGGGGAUUAAUUUUUUUGAGAAAAGAGCAAACAUUUAAGGCAUACUCUCAGCGUGGGUAAUAUCGAACAUUUUGUGAAAGGAAAAUGUCUAAAGUUUUCGAAGACUAGAGUUUUUCUUAGUUUCCAAUGCUUUCGAGCUUUUAUGGUUCAAUAAGUAAAGAAAAAAACAUGAAAAAGUUAUGAAGGAAACGAAUGAAAAGAUAAAAUGAUAGUGUGUGUUUGAAACUGUCACUUGAAUCAGAAUUUUCAUGGACUAGAUAUCUGAAGACAAAUCUCGCAUUUGAAGACUCUGGAAGGCGGUUAAAACUAUCAAAUUUUGAAAAUUUUGCUGCCAGUAAACUUACAUAAAAAGUAUUCUUAAUUCCACAAUAUGGUUUUAAAAAACUAAUUUUUCUUCAUCAUUAGGAAUACGAAAUUUUUUUUAUGAAGUUAUCAAAAAAAGUGACUGACUAUCAAUGUAGAUUUUUCAUAUAUUUUUCUUGAUUUAUUUUUUUAUAUCGAAACCUUUUUCAGGAUUGGAAACAUUUAUCUUCUCAUUCUAAAAAAAUAAAUUUAGUUAACUCUCCUUCUUAUCAAACUACUUUUAUAAAAAAAUUCAGUUCCUUCAUUUAACUAGUAAAUUAUUAGAACUGACUUGAAAAUGUCGUAAGAUACUCCCCUCUCUCUCUCUCAAAUAAAUCAAUUUGGUUUUCUAUCCUCACUUUUCAAACUUUAUACAGCUUUUUACUGGUCAACUUAGGAUCUUCUCUUUCUCUUAAAACUUUCUUGUUUUAAAUAACCUUGAGUAAAUUCGGUUUGGAUUGAAAUUUGGUAGAAUUUAGAACUUGUUUCUGAUCUAGUGAGAACUAUCCGGAGCUUUCGGCUUUUCUCCGAAGUGGCGCCGAAAGAAAAAGUUUAAUGACAUCUUUCAGCUCAUUUUCUCCCAGCUCAUUUCUUCUCUUUCUAUUUGAUUUUCAUCAAUCUUUCUUGAUUGAAUGAAUAAAUCAAGAACAGGGCGUUACAGGGCCGCGAUUCCAGGAUUUCGGCUCAGGCGCCGCCCACCGAACGCCGAGUUGCGUAUAAAUAGAGGCGGCGGAAGGUAGCGGUCCCCGCAUCCCGGAAUCGUCCUUGGACCGUCCGAUCGGCUGCAGCUUCUCGAUGUGCCUCCGUCACGUGGCUCUCCUCGCGACGGCGCUCCUCUGCGUCGUCUUCGCCGCCUCCACCGCCAAGGCUGCUUCCAAGACGGUCGCACAGGUAUCUAACAAAUCAUUCACUUCUCCCAAAAAGUUGGAGAGAUAGUCUAGCAAGAACUUCAACCUUCUAUUGGUUGCUCCGUAGAAAAAGAGGGUUCAGAAAGAAUUUGGCAAGUAAAUGAUGAGUCUUCUCUAGGAAAAAUUGAAAAAAGACUUUCAAAUACUGCUUUUUUACUGAGUUUAACACCUACAUUAUGAAGAUUAUGAGGGAAUUUUCAACAUCAGUCCCGCUUUUGCCAAGGUGAAAUCUAUUGUGAGAAGCUUCCUGGUGGCGGGAAGUAUACUGUAGAUCUCGCUGCGAGAGCCUCUUCUGAAGUUUAAUUUUGAAAUAUUCCAAUCGAUGAAAUCUUGAAAAAUAUGUUAGAAGCCUUCAAUAAAUUCUGAAUAGACUGAAAGCAGAAGGACUACUUGAUCAGCUUUAAAUUAAUGAAAGAUUAAUAACAGAAAUGUUCAGACUCCGGAAGUCAAGAAAGAGAGCGCCGACGCUCAUUACGGUGGCGGCCCAAGGUUGAUCUUCCACUUAGGAAAAAAGACGAAACUAAAAUAUUUUUCAGCUACGGAAACGCUCCGCCCUACCCACAGUACCCGGCCUACAGCAACCCCAACUACGAUGGUUAGAACUUGUUUCUGAAAAAAUUGGGAAAAGAAGUUUUAAGUGAACUACUGCUCGGUGCACGCCUCGUUCCCGCUCGUCGGAGGCCGAGUCCGUCGUCCCAGCCGUCGUCAUCGCGACAGAGAGAGCCGUAAGAUAGUCAGAAGAUUGGAAAACUUUCAUAGAAAAUGUGAAAACACAUAAUCGAAACGUUGAUCCAUCACAUUUCACAGAAGAUGGCCUGAUCUUUUUCACUCACUAGGAAUUUGAGCAGAGGUACUCUAGAGCUUUUUGAUUCCAAAUUAGUUAAAAAAAGCCUUCGCAUUUUAGCCGAGAUAUGACAUCUCAAAGCUGCUAGUUAUCAUGGUAGUGAUGAAGAUGAGGGUUUCGGGACUUUUUGAGUCCUAUUCCAAAGGAGUAAGACUUGAUUAACUUAGAACCAGUGACCUUUCGGACACUAGGAGCGAACAUCAGCCACUAGACCACGCCACAAUAAUAAUAUCUAUAAGCUUCCAGACGACCGAGUGAAGCGGCAGUACGGAGGAGCGCCAGCCUACGGAGGUCCCCCUCCGGCUUACGGAAAUGGUCCUUCUUACGGCUAUGGUUGGUUAAUAGAAGGAAAAGUGAAGGAAACACCAUAUAAAAAAGUUUGGUCUAGUUCAUAAACCUAGAAUUUUCUGAACUUUCAGAUUUAAAAGCUAUACUUUUGAAUCGCCGUGUCUAAAUGUUACGUAGAGACAGUAGGAAAAAAAUUAGACCGCUCUCAUUUUUGAAUUCGCCGACCUGUGGAAAUGAGCUUGAAGUCUUCUUCGCUAGCCACUUGAUUUCCCAUGAAGAAAAGAACAGGGUGAACGGUUUGAAGACCAUGGCUACGAGCGUCCGCGAAGAUUCGACCGCCAGGCCUGCCGCCACACGGCCAUCGCCUCGAACGACGCCUGCAACGACUGCUGCAAGGUCGCCUCUCGCAUCGGAAACAACAACGGCGUCAGUUUCUGGAAUUCUUAUCUUCUUUCUGCAGCUCUAACUCAUCUUCGGUUCUAUAAAAGUUCUUCGGCUCACUAGGGAAUCCUUCUCUGGACCAUUAUUAAACUUCUGGAUCUAGAUUCUUUCUUGCAAUAAAUUUCUCGAUAUUUCAGACGGUCAUCGGCGCUCUUUUCGUCUUCGACCCGAAACUCGACUGGGACAGCUACCACAAGCGUAAAGAAGACGACGAAGUCAGUUUUUCUCUUGGAGAAAAUCACUAAAAUGAGAGUUUUCCAGAAGAAAGUCGCCCUUCAAUGCGUCUGCUGCGCCCCGCGUCGCAUUUAA